AUGUCGAACAUUCAUCAGAAUCGUCGAUCUUCGUUUUCCUCUUCCACAAAGUCUUCCAUGGCAAAGCGUCACGCACCUUCUUCCUCUGAAAACUCCGUUAAACCGAUGAUGACGAAGAAGCGAGCCCCACUUGGUAACAUCACCAAUCAAAACCGAAUCCCAAUUCCAUCUUCCGAUCUGGCACAUUGCUCGAACAAGUCUGCGAAGUUAAAGUUGGCACCUACACAACCUGUUUGCUUAAAUGCCGGUGUCUCGAACACUGUUUUCCCUCUGCUGCAAAGUGUAAAGCCAAGCGUAAUUCAGAACAAAGUUACUUCCUUGCCUUGUGAACAUUACCAAUCCGAUAACAAAGCGCCUUCUCCUAGCAAAUCUGAUGAUGAUACCACAGUCUCAAUGGACGAGACAAUGUCUACAUGUGAUUCCUUCAAGAGCCCUCAAGUGGAGUAUAUCGACAAUGACGAAGUCUCGGCUGUUGUUUCUAUUGAAAGGAAGGCACUCAGUAAUCUCUACAUAACGCAGAAUCCAGAGACAUUGGGAAAAUAUUGCAGCAGAGAUGUAUUGUCAGAUUUGAAGAAUGAUAAGGCUCAAUUUGUCAACAUCGACAAUGAUUAUGCGGAUCCGCAGCUCUGUGCAACAUUUGCCUGUGACAUAUAUCAGCAUUUGCGUGCAUCUGAGGCGAAAAAGCGGCCUGCGAUUGACUUCAUGGAGAGAGUUCAGAAAGACGUAAAUUCCAGUAUGCGUGGAAUCCUAGUUGAUUGGCUAGUUGAGGUAUCAGAAGAGUAUAGGCUUGUACCCGAGACGUUGUAUCUGACAGUGAACUACAUAGAUAGAUAUCUGUCUGGGAAUGUGAUUAGUAGACAGCGGCUUCAGUUGCUUGGUGUGGCAUGUAUGAUGAUAGCAGCUAAAUACGAAGAGAUAUGUGCACCACAGGUUGAAGAAUUCUGCUACAUCACUGAUAAUACAUACCUCAAGGAUGAGGUUCUGGACAUGGAAUCCACUGUUCUUAAUUACUUGAAGUUUGAAAUGACAGCCCCAACUACCAAAUGCUUUCUAAGACGCUUUGUUCGCGCUGCACAUGGGGUUCAUGAGGCUCCAUUGAUGCAGCUAGAAUGUAUGGCCAACUACAUUGCGGAAUUAUCGCUCUUGGAGUACACAAUGCUCUCUCAUUCUCCUUCACUAGUUGCUGCUUCCGCCAUUUUCUUGGCGAAGUACAUUCUAGACCCAACAAGACGACCAUGGAAUUCGACGUUGCAACACUACACGCAGUAUAGAGCGUUGGAGUUGAGAGGAUGUGUAAAGGAUCUUCAACGAUUGUGUAGUAAUGCUCAUGUCUCUACUCUGCCUGCUGUAAGAGAGAAGUACAGUCAACACAAAUACAAGUUUGUGGCAAAGAAGUUCUGUCCAUCCAUAAUACCACAAGAUUUCUUCAACAACAGCUAA